CGUUUUGCGCUAUUGCUAAGCUACGUCAGCUACCACUUUGCAGAUAUGCUUACUGCUGUGCGGUGUAUGCUGUCUAAGCUGGUUUCUCCAUUGUGGAGGACAGUAGAGGUGGAUGGAGAAGACAUUUUCUCCGGCACACCAGGCAUGGAGGACAUUCGCCACCUGCGGAGCAGUGUGGUAACCCAGCUGUGCCUUGACUAUGGCAUGAUAGACGAUGCGAUCUACUUCACAAGUGGAGAGGUGUUGGGCGGGAUGCCACUGAAAGAAGGUGACCUGGUGAACUGCAUAGCAGUAAGAGAUAGUGCCCAAGGGGGGUGGAAAGCUGUAAGGGUGGAGAAGAGUGCCGAUGCUUGGGAGGAUGGAGGAAGUACCUCCCUAGAAGCUGACAAUAUGCAGCUGCGGCCUCUCGUUGGCACAGUCACAUCAUUUGAUGGAGAUGGCGGCUACAUAAACCAGACCACAUACUUCCCACGCUACAGUCUUUGGGAAGGUUAUCAACCAAUGAAAGGAGACUGGGUCCAAGCAAAAUAUUUUAUCAAUCCUACCCAGUGGACCACCCAGGCUCAUUCUGUCGCCCCUUUACGCUAUAGCCGCCUAGACCGGGUGUGUGUGACCAGCAUGUAUGGUAAAAAUGGAGUGGUGGAGGACAGUGUAUUCUUCAGCCUGGACUCCCUGCUGCUGCCUGCCCACUACCAGCCUUUGCCAGGGCACCUGGUCAACCUGGUAAUGGUGGAGAGCAGUCAGUCCCUCUACUGUUGGAGGGCCCUGUGCAUGGCACCCUGCCUUCAGAGUGUGAAUUUUUCUGCUACAGCUCUCCCAGAAGCUGAACUCCAGAGCAUUUUGGAAAACAAAGGGGGGCUGGAUGUAACAGACUAUGGCCAGUUUGGAGAUCUGAUGAUAGGGGAGCAACAAGAGCUGGUGCUCUGGAUACAAAACAAAGGCUCAGAGACCCACAGGCUGAAGUGCUGUGACUUUUCUGGCUGGGACUCAAAAGAACAGUUCACCCUGGUAACUGUCAAAGGGUCCACACCACUGAGACAGAAACGACAGCCUUUGCAAGAAAACUGCUCAGAGUCUUCAGAAAAACAAGUCAGUGAUGUGAAAGAGGUAGACAAAGAAAAUGGUGAGGUGCUGAAGGAGACUAUCCAUCUCCCUGGUGUAAGGAGAGAGGAAAUGGAGGUGGAUAUUCCACCAGGAGAGAGGCUGUCUAUUGUAGUAGCCUGCCAAGCAAAGAGCCUGGGAAGCUGUGCUGAGCUGCUGUUGCUGCACUUCUCCUCUUUCACCAUUGGGAGGCGCCUGGAGGUCACAGUGGGCAGUGAAGAGGAGAACCUGCUGCAGCCCUUUGUGCCCUACAGUCCCAGUGAUGCAGAUGUACGGCCGCUUUCAACAAUGCCUACUCACGUGAUCACUGUCUCUGCUCCAAAAGACACACCAAGGCUUACUAAGCGGCGGCUGCCAAACUUCCUACCUAACUACCCAGUUCCCCAGGCUCUCAGAGACUGUGUGGAGGCACAGAGCGACGUGCUGGUAGUUCAGCCCUGUCUAGGAGAGGUGCUGUCACCAUCCAACAUGCAUUCACGUUUCUCAACACUUAUCUGGCUGGAAGAGCUGCAUGCAGAGAGGGAACUGAGAGAAUUCACAAUCAACGGGGCCAUUCUCAGGAAAGGAGCGGUCUACCUGCACCUAGAGGUCCUUGGUUUGGCCGAAGGCAGACCCAAUCUCAAUAUAGGUGACAGAAUAGUAUUGAAGAAACCGCGAAGUGACGGUGUGGUAAUGGAGUAUGUUGGUUAUGUCACAGAGAUCAAUGAUGAGGAUGUGAGUUUGAGAGUGAACUCAGACUUUCAGCGCAGCUACCUCGGAGAGCCACUUGAUGUUGAGUUUUCUUACAACAGACUGACCAUGAGGCGAUGUCACAACGCACUUGACCAGACAAAACAGUUUGGGGAGAUUCUCUUCCCCUCUAGAGUGACUGUUCAGACCCCUCAGUGGACAGGAAAGUGGAUAGAUGAGUCAGGCCAAAACAAAACAAUGGAGGACAAUGAGGCUCCAGCCAUGGAAAAUGGAAAGGUGUCAAGCAUUUCCAUCAACAUGAAGUCAAAGGCCACACAGACUAAAGAUGGUAGACUGCCAUCCAAACCCAUCCCCAGCAAAGGGCACUUCUUUAACCCGGACCUGAACCCCCCUCAGAGAGAGGCAGUGAAGAGGAUCCUGGCAGGAGAAUGUCGACCCAUUCCUUAUGUGUUGUUUGGACCUCCAGGCACUGGAAAGACCAUCACCCUCAUAGAGGCCAUACUACAGGUUUACCACUUUAUGCCCAGUAGUCGGGUACUCGUAUGUACUCCUUCCAACAGUGCUGCCGACCUCAUCUGCAUCCGCCUACAUCACAGUGGCUUCCUGCAUGCUGCAAGUUUGGCCCGUGUCAACGCAUCCAGUAGGCAGGACGAGUCCAUCCCAGAAGUGCUGAGACUGUACUCGAGGGCAGGAGAGGACAUCCGUCAUGCCUCUUUUCACAGGAUUGUGGUCAGCACCUGCUCCAGCGCUGGCAUGUUUCAUAAUAUAGGACUACAAGUGGGACAUUUUACCCACCUGUUUCUGGAUGAAGCCGGCCAGGCCACAGAACCAGAGUCCCUGAUCCCCAUGAGUCUUGUAUCAGAGAGAGAUGGACAGAUAGUGUUGGCCGGAGACCCCUGUCAGUUGGGUCCAGUAGUGAAGUCCAAGCUGGCCACUGCCUUUGGCCUGGGGGUGUCUUUGUUGGAGAGGCUGAUGGCCAAUCCACUGUACUCCAGACAGGACUGGGGAUACAACCCUAAGCUGGUGACUAAGCUGAUGUACAACUACCGUUCUCAUGAGGCCUUGCUCACGCUGCCCUCCAAGCUCUUCUACCAGGGCGAACUAUGUUUUAAAGCCCCCAGGGCCAUAGUAGACUCUCUCUGCCAUUGGAAAACCCUGCCCAAAAAAGGUUUCCCACUCCUCCUCCAUGGAGUUAGGGGCACAGAAAUGAGGGAAGGUAACAAUCCAUCGUGGUUCAACCCAGUGGAGGCUGUACAGGUCAUGCUCUACUGCUGCCAGCUGGCCAAGAAGCUCUACAACCCUGUGGAUGCAUCUGACAUUGGCAUCAUUGCCCCCUACAAGAAACAAUGUGAGAAGAUUCGAGUGCUGCUGGGUAAAGUAGGCCUGUCUGACAUCAAAGUGGGCUCUGUGGAGGAGUUCCAAGGACAAGAGUUCCUGGUCAUCAUCAUGUCUACGGUGCGCUCUAAUGAAUCAGUUGAGACGGAUGAUUUGCAGAGUGUACUCGGCUUUCUGGCCAACCCCAAACGCUUCAACGUGGCCGUGACUCGUCCCAAAGCCCUGCUCUUAAUUGUUGGAAACCCCCACAUUCUCAUUAGGGAUCCAUGCUUCAGGGCUCUACUGCAGUACUGUUUCAUCAACGGGGCAUAUCUGGGCUGUGACCCCCCUCCCUCCCUAAGAGACUCUCAGAUAGUUGCAGAGGAGCAAAAGAGUGCAUAAGAGGACGAUGCAGUCAUGGAUGGUGUCCCUCAUCUCCGUCAGCCUGACUGUCUUAUUGUGUUCGAAGUAUUUUUUUCACAUUUCCUUGGCUUCUCUGUUUGCAAAGUGAGCUAUGAUCAGUGUUAACUGAAUUGGUCUGAAAAGUGGUUUCAUUCUGUGAAAGCCAAAUGCAAUUCCACUCGGGGAUAGAAAUAACGAUGAAGCUGUACACUGCGCAAUUAUUUCUGUGUUCUGUGAUUACUAAGAUGAUGUGCUUGACUGUGCAUAAGAUUUUUCAAUUAAACUGUCACAGAUUAUGGGUAAAUUAUUGUGAAUUGCAUCAUAGCAGCUCCACUGUGCCAAGGAUGUAUAAUAAUGCUACUAAAAUGAUUUGAAUGGCAUUGGCCUGAUUUUACCAGCACAAUUUCCCAGUGCUUUAGUAUCAGCUUUUUGUUGAGAACGUGAAGUUAGACAAAAGACAACAUUUUAACUUCUAUUAUGUUGAGUGCAUUACCCUGGUUUAGCAUACGGAGUCGAUCCACAGAUGUCUGUAGUUUCCGGGAGCAAGUUGUCUGCUCCCCGCGGCGUGGCAGCGUCUGCCCACAAGGCCCGGAGACUGGAUGUGACAAUUGAGUGCUACUGACAGUCUGCACAGGGACUGUCAGUCCUACUGGAGCCCAGCAGGAUGGAGGGGGGGGUAGGGGAAGAGAAAAGA